GAUGUGUUUUCGAGGGUAGAUAGUACAGGCCCCGGCGAGGGAGUCAAGGUUGCCAAGGCAGACGGGGUCGAGUUGCCGGAGGAUGUAAUCAACACUGUUGUCCAUUCGGACGACGGCGACUGGUUUAAGCCAUCUAUGCUUGUUGAUGUCGAAAAGGGAAACCCAAUUGAGCUCGAAGUCAUCCUCGGAAAUUUGCUUGUCGUUGCGAGGGAGCUCAAGGUGGAGACUCCAACAUUGGACCUUUUGUACCAUCUUUUGAAAGCUACCCAAUUCAAGUUGAAGGAAGGCAAGGGCCUAAUCGACGUUCCUAAGGAGAGAUCCAUUAGCUCUAAGUUCUACUCCUAA